GAGGGGAACGCUUCUCUGAGUAAAUCUGCAGCAGCUGCUUGAGGAAACACUGUAAAUAAACUGCAGAGCGAGAGCAGUCCCGGUGGCCCGUGCAUCGGAGACAAAUAAAGUAUUUCUACUUGCAACAUGAGGCCACUGCUGUUUGGGAUUCUGCCAAUCAAGGAGAACUCUUUUGGCUCUCUAUCUAGUGUAACUGUUGCACUCUGUCUUUUAACCCUCCUCCUGAUGGUUAUCUGGGGUCGAAAGAGUAAGAGAUCCUUCUUCCACUUCCAUCAUGACUCUCAACUGGACCACACAAAAUACCCCCCACCUCCUGGCCCCAAACCGUGGCCCCUUGUCGGGAAUCUGCUCCAGGUUGGGGAGCAGAUUCAUCUCUCUCUAACUGGGUUGAGGCUUCAGUAUGGAGACAUCUUCAAGCUCCGCCUUGGCUCUUUGACUGUUGUCGUUCUGAGUGGGUACAACACCAUCAGGCAGGCUCUGGUUCGACACGGGGAAACUUUUGCGGGACGACCUAAUCUUUUCAUCUUCUCUGCUAUAGCCAAUGGGACCAGCAUGACUUUCAAUGAGAACUACGGGCCUGUGUGGCUGCUCCAUAAGAAGCUGUGUAAGAAUGCCCUCAGGUCUUUCUCCCAGGCUGAGCCAAGGGGUUUUGGUGCCACCUGCCUCUUAGAGGAGCACAUAUGUGCAGAGGCUGCAGGGAUGGUGCAGGUGAUUCGAGAAAAAGCUGCUAAAGAGGAAACGGAGGGUAUAGACCCAGCAACGACCUUGGUAACCUCAGUGGCAAAUGUCGUCUGUGCGCUCUGUUUUGGGAAACGGUAUGACUACAGUGAUAAGGAGUUUCUCACUAUUGUUGAUGUCAACAAUGAGGUCCUGAAGCUCUUUGCAGCGGGGAACCUGGCUGAUUUCUUCCCCGUGUUUCGCUACUUUCCGAGUCCAUCUCUGAGAAAGAUAGUCCAGUACGUUCGCAGGAUGAACAGAUUCAUGGAGCGGAACAUUGAGGAACACGUUGACACCUUUGAUAAGAACCGUAUCCGGGACAUUACAGAUGCUCUAAUUGCACUUUGUGAAGAAAGAGAAGAAAGCAAGGAUACUUCGAUGCUCUCUAACGACCAGAUCAUUCACACUGUCAUAGACAUCUUUGGAGCAGGAUUCGACACCAUCAUCGCUGGUUUGCAGUGGAGCCUGUUGUACCUCAUCAAGUUUCCUGACAUCCAGGAUAAAAUACACCAGGAAAUAGAUGAGCAUAUCGGCAAACUCCAGCUGCCCAGGUUUUCCAACAAGGCCAAGAUGCCUUUCACAGAGGCGUUCAUAUAUGAAGUGUUUCGUCAUGCUUCAUAUGUCCCUUUUACCAUACCACACUGCACCACGAGAGACAUCACAUUUAAUGGUUAUUUCAUUCCCAAAGACACAUGCGUCUUCAUUAAUCAAUAUCAAGUCAACCAUGAUACUGACCUUUGGGGCGAUCCUGAGACAUUUCGUCCCCAGCGUUUCUUGAAUCCAUGUGGACUCCUGAACAAAGAGCUGACAGAGAAGGUCCAGAUCUUCGGCAUGGGAAAAAGACGCUGUCUUGGCGAUGAAUUUGCACGUUUGGAGAUGUUUGUGUUUCUCACCACGCUUCUUCAUGGGCUGCGUAUUGAAAAUGUUCCAGGGCAGGAGCUGGAUCUCAGCACUGAUUUUGGUCUAACUAUGAAACCACGUCCAUACAGGAUUACCAUUUCCCAGAGAUUUUAG